CCGCGCCGCGCCGGCCGGGCGGGGUCUGGGAGAGGCGCCGUUUCCGCUUCCGCUCGCCGGCGGCUCCGGUCCCGUUACCGCCUCCCGGGCCGGCCUCGCGCCUUUCCCCGCUCCCGCCGCGCGCCACCCCGGGGCUCUGGCUCCGGAGCCGGCCGGGCUCGCGCCCCGCUCGCCAGCGUCGCGAGGCCGCCGGGCCGCCGCCAUGGGCGCCUACCUCUCGCAGCCCAACACGGUCAAGUGCUCCGGGGACGGGCUGGGCGCCCCGCGCCUGCCGCUGCCCUACGGCUUCUCCGCCAUGCAGGGCUGGCGCGUCUCCAUGGAGGAUGCUCACAACUGUAUUCCUGAGCUGGACAGCGAGACAGCCAUGUUUUCGGUCUACGAUGGACACGGAGGGGAGGAAGUUGCCUUGUACUGUGCCAAAUAUCUUCCUGACAUUAUCAAAGAGCAGAAGGCUUACAAAGAAGGCAAGCUACAUAAGGCUUUGGAAGAUGCUUUCUUGGCUAUCGAUGCCAAAUUGACCACAGAGGAAGUCAUUAAGGAACUGGCACAGAUCGCAGGACGGCCCACUGAGGAUGAGGACGAAAAAGAAAAAGUAGCUGAUGAAGAUGAUGUGGACAACGAGGAGGCCGCGCUGCUGCACGAAGAGGCCACCAUGACGAUCGAGGAGCUGCUGACGCGCUACGGGCAGAACUGUCACAAGGGGGCCCCCCACGGCAAGGCCGGGACUGGGACAGGCGAGGAGCCGGGCUCCCAGGGCCUCAACGGGGAGGCCGGGCCCGAGAACCCCGCGAGGGAAGCGUCUGCCGAGGAAAAUGGCCCCACCACGAAGGCCCACACAGGUCUUUCCUCCAGCUCGGACCGCGGGACUGAGGCAGGUCAAGGUGCUGAGCCUGGUACGCCCACGGGUGAGGCUGGGCCUUCCUGCUCGUCAGCUUCUGACAAGCUGCCUCGUGUGGCCAAGUCCAAGUUCUUUGAGGACAGUGAAGAUGAGUCAGAUGAGGCCGAGGAGGAAGAGGAAGACAGCGAGGAAUGCAGUGAGGAAGAGGAUGGCUACAGCAGUGAAGAGGCAGAAAAUGAGGAAUAUGAUACGGAGGAGGCUGAAGAGUAUGAGGAGGAAGAAGAGGAGAUGAUGGUGCCCGGGAUGGAAGGCAAAGAGGAGCCUGGCUCUGACAGCGGUACGACAGCCGUGGUGGCUCUGAUACGAGGGAAGCAGUUGAUUGUAGCCAACGCAGGAGACUCCCGCUGCGUGGUGUCUGAGGCUGGCAAAGCUCUAGAUAUGUCUUACGACCACAAACCGGAAGAUGAAGUGGAGCUGGCGCGCAUAAAGAACGCAGGUGGCAAGGUCACCAUGGACGGGCGAGUCAACGGGGGCCUCAACCUCUCCAGAGCCAUUGGAGACCACUUCUACAAGAGAAACAAAAACUUGCCCCCUGAGGAACAGAUGAUUUCCGCCCUUCCAGACAUCAAAGUGCUGACUCUCACGGAUGAUCACGAAUUCAUGGUCAUCGCCUGUGAUGGCAUCUGGAAUGUGAUGAGCAGCCAGGAAGUUAUAGACUUUAUUCAGUCAAAGAUCAGCCAGCGCGAUGAAAAUGGGGAGCUCCGGUUAUUGUCGUCCAUCGUGGAAGAGCUGCUGGAUCAGUGCCUGGCACCGGACACUUCUGGGGACGGUACAGGCUGCGACAACAUGACUUGCAUUAUCAUUUGCUUCAAGCCCCGGAACACGGCAGAGCUGCAGCCAGAGAGUGGCAAGCGGAAACUGGAGGCGGCGCUGUCCGGGGAGGGGGCGGAGGAGAACGGCAGCAGCGACAGCAAGAAGGCCAAGCGGGACUAGUGUGUGCCCAGACCCUGCCCACCUGGACUGUUCCGAGCCCUCCGGACCUGAGACUGAGUUUUGUCUUUUCCUUUAGCCUUAGCAGUGGUUAUGCGGUGUGCGGGGGAGCGGGGCGCUCCCCUGCCCAGCAGCCCGGGAGCCGCUGCUGACGCCCCGUCUCCUCUGCUCCUCGGGGCUCAUCACCGGUUCUGUGCCUGUGCUGUUGUGUUGGAGGGAAGGACCGAGGUUCUGGUUUUUACUCUGUGAACUUUAUUUAAGGACAUUCUUUUUUAUUGGCGGCUCCUCGGCCCCCGGCCGCUUGCACCUGCUCUGUGUUGUACACUUUCAAUCAACACUUUUUCAGACUAAAGGCCAAAACCUAAUUGUG